UUCUACAAUCAACCUUCGAGAGAGAUUCUGAGAAGAAACAACAGUUCAUGAGAGAAGAAUUGAAAGAAUAGAGAUGAACAAGAGAAGCUUUCCUCUUCCACUACGCUAUCUUCAAAUUCUUCAUCUCAUCUUAACCUAAAAGUUAAAUCCAAAUCCAAAUCCAAGACAAGCCCAUCUCUCCAAACUCCAAACCAAGUCAUCUUCCCCAUCACCCAAUUCCUUCUCAAAAAACCAACUAUGAGCUUAGAGGAAUCCUUGAAAUCUCUCUCCCUAGACUACCUCAAUCUCCUCAUCAACGGCCAAGCCUUCAGUGAUGUAACCUUCAGUGUAGAGGGUCGUCUAGUUCACGCACACCGGUGCAUCUUAGCUGCCAGAAGCCUCUUCUUUCGCAAAUUCUUUUGUGGGUCUGAUAAGCCGGCCGCCGGACUUGACUCACCUGUCGGUGCAAGGAUGAGUUCAGCAACAUCGUUGUCGUCGUCGCCGGCGAGAGCUGGGAAUUCUCAGGUGGUGAUUCCUGUGAAUUCGGUUGGGUAUGAGGUGUUCUUGUUGCUACUGCAAUUCUUGUACAGUGGUCAAGUCUCAAUUGUUCCUCAUAAGCAUGAGCCAAGGCCUAAUUGUGGAGAGAGGGGUUGCUGGCAUACUCAUUGCUCCUCAGCCGUUGAUCUUGCCCUUGAUACUCUAGCUGCCGCUAGAUCCUUUGGUGUUGAACAGCUUGCAUUGCUCACUCAGAAGCAAUUGGCAAGCAUGGUGGAGAAGGCUUCAAUUGAAGACGUAAUGAAAGUCUUGAUAGCUUCAAGAAAGCAAGACAUGCACCAGCUCUGGACUACUUGUUCUCACCUCGUUGCAAAAUCGGGUCUUCCAACGGAAAUCCUCGCCAAACAUUUACCAAUCGAUUUCGUCGCGAAAAUCGAAGAGCUCCGCCUCAAAUCUUCCCUUUCUCGCCGUUCUUUCAUGUCGCACCACCACCAUCACCACCACCAGCACCCCGAUCUUAGUGCCGCUGCGGAACUCGAAGAUCAAAAGAUCCGCCGUAUGCGCCGUGCCCUAGAUUCAUCCGACGUGGAACUAGUAAAGUUAAUGGUAAUGGGUGAAGGACUUAAUCUUGAUGAAGCACUCGCCUUGCACUACGCCGUAGAGAAUUGUAGUAGAGAAGUAGUGAAGGCAUUAUUAGAGCUUGGAGCUGCUGAUGUGAAUUACCCGGCUGGACCGGCGGGUAAAACGCCGCUUCAUAUAGCGGCGGAAAUGGUUUGUCCGGACAUGGUGGCAGUCUUACUCGACCACCAUGCCGAUCCAAACGUUCAGACCGUCGAUGGCAUUACGCCACUCGACGUUCUUAGAACUUUAACAUCGGAUUUCCUAUUCAAGGGAGCUGUUCCUAGUCUGUCUCACAUUGAGCCCAACAAGCUACGGCUUUGCUUAGAACUUGUUCAAUCAGCAGCUCUUGUUAUCUCUCGUGAAGAAGGCAACGGUGGAGGGAAUGAGAAUACUCCCUCCACCACCACCACCACCACCACCAUUUACCCAUUUGAUUCAAACAGAAACGAUAUGGUUAAUCUCAAUCUUGAUUCAAGAAUGGUUUAUCUGAAUUUGGGAGGAGCUUCAGGAGUUCAUCAAUUGGGGUGUAAGAUGAAUGGAGAAGAUGAGAAUAACAACAAUAACCAGAGAGAAGACAUGAAUCGACAUGGGUCACACUCACAAGGGUUUCGAUGAUCAUAUGCAGUGCAAUGCAAUGCCUUUGGACAUGGAUUUUUCUCAUGAAAAAGGAGACAUCAAGAAUCUAAGUUUGCUCUGAUGAGUGGGGGAGAGAUGCAGGUCAAUCUUUUCAAACCUGACCUGUCAACUCCUUUUGUAUUUAUUAAUGUUAUCUAAUAUCAUGACUAAUUAAUUAAUUAAGAUUUUUUU